CUGGAAGCUCGCCACACACGACAGACAGACGGAAUGGCCGCGAAGAUGAAGCUGUGUCGCACUUUCCUCGAAAAUGAAUUUCAUGGCGAGCUGGUGAACCAGCGGUGGACACGAGGCGAAAGGACCAGCAGCCGCUGUCAGGCCUCCCUGAGACUGCAGAGCCGUCGACCAAUCAUGAUGAGUGUAGAAAGUGAUGACAAGCGAACUCGCACUCGGUCCAAGGGAAUCAGAGUUCCUAUUGAGCAUGUAGGACAGGAGCUGAGCUGCCCCACCCCUGGAUGCAAUGGCUCUGGCCAUAUCAGUGGGAGAUACUCACGACACAGAAGCAUUCUGGGAUGCCCCAUAGCCAGAAAGCGGCGAGCUGAGGAGGCGGAGGCCGAGCAGGAACCGGAAACGGAGCGGCCAGCAUCCAAGAGGAAGUCCCACCCCCUGAAACUGACCCUUGAUGACGGCUUCAGCGCAGAAAGUGAUGCCAGCAGUGAAGCUGAGGGAGAUGGCGAGAGGGAUGGCGAGAACAGAAGCAAGAGCAAGGAGCAUGCGGACGAGAUGGAGGCUGCCGCAGAGGAAGAGAAGAUUGGUAAAGACCUCAAACAUGGACAGACCAAUGGACAGGUUGGGAAGACACUGGGUCAACAAACAGAGGAAGAGGACAGGGAAGAAGCAGCAGAGUUAGAGUAUGACAUUCUUGUACCUCCUAUGACACCGGAGUAUCAGUCUCCUUCUCGCAAUGCUGAAGAAGUGGCCAACUCUCUCCUCCACCUCGGCCGAGUCCCUGCUACGGGUAACGACAGCGAUGCUCCAACAGAGGCCGCCCCACAGCUGGUUGCCAUGGAGACUGAAGAGAAUGUCACAGUGGCAGUUGAACACGGUGAAAAAGUAGAGGAGGAGCAAGAUCGGGAAACGGCUGAUGCAGUGGAAGGCGUCGCAGGCAGAGGUCGAAAUGGGCAAGAGGAGACUGAAGGAGCAGAGGAGCAGUUGGUGGAUGACAGAGGCGAGCGUGCAACUCUCGACAAGGAGGUCCACCAGCAACCCACGGCAGAUGAAGAGGAAGAGACAGCAGAGCUGGCACAAGAGAGAAAGAACACACUCUUAGAGGAUGAAAAUGAUGAGGAGGUGCACCCUAAUGUGCCAACUGCUGUCCGCACUAUCACCAGCACCACAGCAGCUCAGGGACCACAUAUCAAGACUGAAGACCACAGGGUUAGUCCUCUGGAGGACUACAACGCACAUGAGAACUACAGUGUUACGCGAACCAGUCCACUUGACCACUAUGACUCCCACAAACCGCUGAAUAAAUAUAAGACCUGCCUUCCUUUAAACUACCUGUCCCACAUGGCUAGCCCACUCGAGAACUACUCACCUAAUCUCAGAGGCGAUAACUUUAAAAUCCACAAAGUCUCGCCCUCUGCCUCGUCCGACAUUAUCGAGGUGCAUUCUGACAAGUCAGAUGAGAAAGACUUUGAUGACGUGGAUGGUGACGAUGAACACGAUGACGAUGACAGCCUCUCCCAGCGCUCCACCGUCACCGAUGAGUCUGAGAUGUUUGACAUGACCCGAGGGAACCUGGGCCUCCUCGAGCAAGCCAUUGCCCUCAAAGCAGAGCAGGUGAAGCCAGCUGGGCCCAGAGAGCUGCUGGGCGUGCCCGAUUUACAGCACCGCAGAUACUUCACCAUGGAAGACCGGCCCAAGCACCUUGAGGUCAUCAGAAAGAGCUACUUCAAAGAGAGUAUUCGACCAGAGAAGAGGGAGAUCAAGUGCCCCACCCCGGGGUGUGAUGGCACAGGUCACGUGACCGGACUUUACCCUCACCACCGCAGCCUGUCCGGCUGCCCUCACAAGGACAGGAUCCCCCCUGAGAUUCUGGCCAUGCAUGAGAAUGUGCUGAAGUGUCCAACUCCCGGCUGCACCGGUCAGGGCCAUGUUAACAGCAACCGUAACACACACCGCAGUCUUUCGGGAUGUCCCAUUGCAGCGGCGGAGAAGCUGUCCAAGAGCCAAGACAAGCAGCUUUCUCAGCCUGGCAGCGACCUCCUCAAAGGAAGUCCCAAUGACAGAGUGCUCAGGCCCAUGUGCUUCGUAAAGCAACUGGAGAUGCCCCAGUACGGUAGCUACAGGCCCAACAUGGCGCCGACCACACCCCGCGCCAACCUGGCCAAGGAGCUAGAGAAGUACUCCAAGGUGUCCUUCGAUUAUGCAAGCUUUGAUGCUCAAGUGUUCGGGAAGCGUAUGCUUGCACCAAAGAUGCCCACCAGCGAAACCUCACCCAAAGCCUUCAAAAGUAAGUCCUCAUUCCCCAAAUCAUCAUCGCCCAGCCUUAGCCUGCACGGUUACGGCAAAGCCUCCUCCCUGGCCUACGACUACUCCCAUGAUGCCGAAGCUGCCCACAUGGCUGCCACCGCCAUCCUUAACCUGUCUACACGGUGCUGGGAGAAACCUGAGAACCUUAGCACCAAACUGCAAAACAAGGAAAUGGAUAUCGAGGUGGAUGAGAAUGGUACUCUGGACCUGAGUAUGAAGAAGCCCAUCAAACAUGAAGGCAGUCUGUCUGGCACCAGCCCGGGGGUCCGUUCCCCAGACCCUUCCUCUUCCUCGUCUUCGUCUCUGCAUCACGGGGGAAGCAGUGGGAUGACAUCACCAAACCUACAGAGCUACAAGCAGGAGGAGUGGGAGGGGCCUCUGGAUUUUACCAAACCCAACCGCCAAAGGGAGGAGGAAAUGGACGAGAUGGAUCAUGCCGGGCAGUCAUAUGUGUCAUCCGACCCAGAGGAUGGUGACAUGAUGCAGGACUUAAUGGAGGACAGGAAGUACCCUGGAGAAGUCACAACCCCAAAUUUCAAGGUCAAGUUCCAGCCCAAGGACAGUAAGAAGGAGCUGCUUUCGUGUCCGACACCUGGGUGUGAUGGCAGUGGCCACAUCACUGGGAACUAUGCAUCUCAUCGCAGUCUAUCUGGGUGUCCUCUCGCUGAUAAGAGCCUCCGGUCCCUCAUGGCAGCACACACCCCUGAACUCAAAUGUCCCACCCCAGGAUGUGAUGGCUCAGGUCAUAUCACGGGAAACUACGCCUCCCAUAGAAGUCUCUCUGGGUGCCCGCGUGCCAAGAAAAGUGGAAUUAAAACUCCUACCAAGGACAACCAGGAGGACUCGGAGCUUUUAAAAUGUCCGGUGCCGGGAUGUGACAGCCUGGGACACAUUAGCGGGAAGUACGCCACGCAUCGUAGCGCCUACGGGUGUCCGCUGGCAGCGCGCAGGCAGAAGGAGGGACUCCUGAAUGGCACACCUUUCAACUGGAAGGCCUUCAAGACAGAAGGACCAACAUGUCCAACCCCGGGAUGUGACGGCUCCGGACACGCAAACGGUAGCUUCCUCACACACCGCAGCCUCUCAGGGUGCCCCAGGGCAUUGUAUGCCAAGAAAAAGGCUAAGUUUCCCACGGAGGACUAUCUGAGCAACAAGUUCAGAGCCAGUGAUGUUCUGGACAAUGACGAGGACAUCAAACAGCUCAACAAAGAGAUUAAUGACCUCAACGAAUCCAACAACGAAAUGGAGGCAGAUGUAGUCAACCUGCAAACUCAGAUCACUUCAAUGGAAAAAAAUUUGAAGAACAUUGAGCAUGAGAACAAGAUGAUCGAGGAGCAGAACGAGGCUCUCUUCAUGGAGCUGUCCGGGCUGAGCCGGGCUCUGAUCCGCAGCCUGGCUAACAUUCGCGUGCCGCACAUGCAGGAGCCCAUCACGGAGCAGAACUUUGACAGCUACGUGAGCACCCUGACCGACAUGUACACCAACAAAGACUGCUUCCAGAGCCCUGAGAAUAAGGCUCUACUGGAGAGCAUCAACAAAGCUGUGAAGGGUAUCAAAGUCUGAGACGCGCACGUGCGGAAGAGCGAAGCUGUCCGAAUAAGCGUGACAGAGAGUCACAGGGAUAUUGAAAUACGUCAAAUAAUAGAAAUCAAAAACAACAAAAAGGGAAUUCAGGUUAUUUAAAUAAACACAACCCAGGGAGUAAUCUAUGAGCAGAAAAGGACGCGGACCAAAAUCCCCACCAUGCUGCUUCUGGGAUCAGUGAGGAUGUGAAGAGGAAACGAAUCCUUCAGGCAGAAUGGAUGGCAUCGUAGCCAAAGGCUACGAUGAGCUACUGCAUCUGAGACGUUCCGUGUGCCGUAUGGUUUCUCAUGAUAUCUCUUGUGUGUCCUGAGAUGUCUAUGAGGACAAGUUUCACUGUUGCCCAGAUGAUCCUUUUUGUUUGGUCGCUUGUUUUUCUUGUUUUUUUGUUUUGUUUUGCUUUGAUUGCUUGAAACAAUGGCGAACUUGAAAAGGAUGAGGAGUCCAACAUUAGUUGCGUAGCAUUCACUGUGGCAAGUCUGUGUGUCUUCACCAGCUCUUAACAACCCCAGCGUGCGCACACACACACACACACACACACACACACACACACACACACACACACACACACACACACACACACACACACACACAAACAAAACCCAGCAAUAUGGAGCAUGCACUAAACUCAUUGUGUGUUUGCUUUGCGUUACUACCGCACCAAAGGAGUCAACACAAUGUUGAUCCCAUUUUGUGAACGCAGUCAAGUGGCAAGCUUGAUCCAGGACCAGCGAAGGUUGUGUUCUUUCUUCCGUGUGAUGACUGAUUCUGGGGUUGAAACAGCAGCAGAUGAACAACUUUUCUUUCAUCGUUUUCGAAAAACGGACGCGCGCAUCGUCGCAGUGUGCGCACGCAUUUCGACUUCAGUUAGUCAUAUCAAUAGUAUUUAUAUCAACAUAGGAAUUGCACUUCAUUUCAAUGAAUAGUUUUGUGAUCCAAUGAUUACUGUAUAUGAAUUAUUUAAAUUUGUGAACUUAAAUUGUAACUUAUUGACAUUUAUGUUCUUGAGGUUUAUUUAUUUGAAGCAAUUUAUUUAUUGACUUUGUAACACAAGCAGAAUGCAUCUUUACUGAUUAAUAUGGAAGCAAUUUGCAGAUGUCUUACAUCAAUAUUUUAAGAAUCUUUAUAGAUAAACAACAAGGCAUAUUUUUGUUGAGUACUUUUUAAAACAAAUGUUUUAUAACAAAAAGUCACCUUUUUCAUUUUUUUUCUCAAUUAUUCCUGUUUGGUUUUUUUAAAUUUUGUUUACCGGUAUGUUCUUUCUGGUACUGAUAUGUUACAAAACACACUACUGGAAAAAAAAAAGAGAAAAUAUGUAUUUAUUAUUUAUUUAACGUGAAAGGAAUUGAUUGAUGGCUGUAUAUUUAUUUUGUUAUUUAUGUGCGUGAUGUGACUAUGAUGAGUCCGAGUAGUCUUAAAGAUCCACUGACAAUGUUUAAAUAAAGACAAAAAAAAAAAAAAAAUUCAGCACAGGUAUUGUUUGAUGGCGUAGGUUUGCCAGCAGCUGAUUCAAAAAAACUGAAUACGGUCACUGUUGUGUUGCUAUCUGUUCUCUGUUUCGUUUCUGCCAGCUCAUGUUUGCUUUUGGGACAAAAAGAAAACAAGGAAACCAAACAAAAAAAGUGACCUACCCAGGCAUUUUGUAGCAGCCGACAUAACUCACCCCAAACCUCUAUAAUGUACGAUAUAUGUUUACACAUCAUGCAUUUGGAAACGUUCUUUUUCUUUCAAAAAAAAAAAAAAAAGCAAACAAAACAACACAAAAAAAAUCUUACUUCUUUCAUUCCAGCUCAAUCACGCAACUGUGGGCCUGCGUUAUUUUGAGUUGGCUUUCAAACAUACAAACACUUACACAAACCAAACUGUAGGAUGGCCUCCGUUUGACAAAAAUACACACCCUUGUAGCCUUACUGUAGAUCUUUAUUUAUUUAAUUUUUGUUUUGAUGCACAAAGUGCCAGUAAAAGAAGAGGGGAAAAUAAAACUCUUAUUUCCAGAUUCUUGGCAUUUUUGCAAUGUUCCUAUGUCUGGUCAUGGGAAGACCACGGCAUCAAGAGAAUGGUGAUUGUUUCAGAUGCCUUUAUUUCUCUGCCAAGAUGGCCAUGAGUACACUAUAUAUUCAUUCUGUAAAGAUAGAUUUGAAAAAUGCUAUAUAUAUGAAUAUAAACAUACAUAUAUUUUUCCAGUGUAAUUGUGGACUUGAGCUUCUACUCCUUAUCAAAGCAUCACUGGCUGACGAGAAGAGAUGUGAGGGCUGUGUAACAAUAGGAGGCAGUUACACUCAGACCUGCUCAACUGUGGCUUUAAAUACAACACUCGCUUGAGUUGAAGGCAAUUAGGAAACGUAAUACGUUAGGGUUGUCGAAAAAAGUGUUACCACUCUGCCCGCUUGUAUUUUAUUUGUCCUUAAUCCAUAGAUGUUAACAGAGAGACAUCUACUCCCUGUACGUCGUACUGAAUCUUAAGAUUGAUACUAGAUGUUUGGCUCUUUAUUUCUGGGUGUCAUGUAAGUUCCUGUAGAGUUGAAGAGAAAAAAAAAGGAAAAUGAAAAGGGGGGGGGUACAUGAUGAUGGCUCCGAAUAAUGUUCUGCACAUAAUGUUUGGCUAUGUUGUGCAAUUAUUGUAUUGUUACUGGGCAACACCAGCUGGUCCUCUAUAAUGUUGAAACAAGCAACAAGGAGACUUUUAGUGUUAACCCUGCCUCCUAAGUGGUCUGUCGCAGCUUACUGUGGUGUAUAUUAUGAUCCCGUGUGUAAAUGAUGUCAAAGGCAUGUUUUCGGUGUGCUUCUAGCCAAUGUAGAAUGAAACUCGGAUGUGCACUUUCUGAAGAACUGUUGAAAAAAAAAUGCCAGCAUUUGAUUUUUGUUUGGUCCAAAAACAAGCUUCCCCCUUGAUUUUGUGGCCUGUGCUUUCAGUGAUAUAGUUGUAAGCAAAACACUUUCACAGCCACCCUACCGCCACCCCACUCCUAAAAAAAUAACAUAAAAUACAAAUAAAGAGAUUGGCUUCUAGCUGAGUUUGUCUCUCAACUGAGUGACACCACAGGUCAACAGUUAGCUGAGGCCUGGAGCACUAAGCAAGAAGGCAUAGUGUGUGUGGGAGUGGGAAAUUGAUUUGCCAGGCUGCACAAUCUUUCUCUUUUGGAAGUGUUUGUUGCAUAAAUAUGAGUCCAUCACUAAAAAGAAUGUCAAAGCUUUUUCUGACCUACCCUCAAAGAACCCCCCCCCAUCUCUCUCUCAAAAUGCACGCGAGUACUAUUUAUGACUGUGAAUAUUUUCCCCAAUUUAUUUGAUAUGGAAUGACCACUUUUAAAUUGCUUGAUGAAAUUGUCUAGCGAGGUAUGUAAAUGAUUAUCACAGAGGCCGUAAAAAGUGUACCAUGCUCCAAAAAUGUCAGCCGCCGUAGCCUAAGGGUGCUGACUUGGUGUCCACACAUUGUAUGUUUGCUUCUUUAAAUGAAAUUUCCCUGUGAUGGAGUCAGUACUUGCAUUAUUACCGUUAUACAUGUGGGAAUGUCUUUGAAAAAAAAAAAAGCAGCCAGGGCCCACUAUGUCACGCUACUUCCCCCCUCCCCCCCUUUUUUUUCGGGGAUGCUGUGUCACUUUCAGGGAAAUAGCCUGGACCCAAAUCCAGCAACAAAUUCAAAAGUGAAAUAAAAAGUGAUAUUUGCAUUCUGGUUUUAGUUCAGGUUCUCAUCUACACACAGUGUGAACCUGUAGGAGCAGAACAACAAAGUUUGUGUGGCACAUUUCAUUCAGCUGACUAAAACCAAAAGAGCCCAACUCCCUCCCGCUGUAGUUUCAAGAUGUGUGGUCUUAUCAUGCGUGCCUUUCUCAUGCCACCCAUUCAAAAAUAAUGGUAUGUUUACACUGCUACACAGUUCGGACUGGAUAUCUUUACUUGAGGGGGUGUUAUAACAAACGGUAACAUACAGGCAAACUUUUUGUUCAGGCAAAAGAAACUGUGAUCUCAUCAUUUGAUUCAGGUAUCAAACUGCAUGGACAGUAGCUGUGAAGGAAUAACAAAAACAAAACAAAAAAAACACAC